CUCGAACGACGUUUACCAUUCCACGACUCGACAAUCCAACAUGAGCAAACAUAAACUAGAUGACGGCCCUCAGCUGGCUAAAGACGAAAAGAAAAGACGCAAGAAAGAUAGAAAAGAGAGCCUCAAGUUUCAAGACAUUACUCCCAGUUCCACAGAUGCCACCGCCGAUUCCACUCCUGUACCAGAGGAUCAGGAUCAGGAUCAGGAGGCUGCAGUCUAUAAACCUCACCCAUCGCUUGACACUAUCCCUCAAACUGACGUCGACUCCUUCUACAAAACUGAGUCAGUUCAGAUCGAUCAUGGCUCGCACGAUCCCCUCCGCCCUAUCCUCUCCUUCACCCACCUUCCCACCGAGUUGUCUACACAGUUCGCCUCUGUAUUUUCUACCUUUGAGAAGCCUUCUGAUAUACAGUCUGCUGCCUGGCCGUUUCUCCUUUCCGGUAAAGAUGUAGUCGGCGUCGCAGAGACUGGCAGCGGCAAGACAAUCGCAUUCGGAUUGCCUUUGGUGGUCCGACUCGCCAAUCUCAAAAAGAAAAAAGGCAUUCGAGCUGUUGUCAUUGCUCCCACACGAGAACUCGCCAUUCAGGUCUUUGAACAAAUCACCACUCUUUGCAAAACAUGCUCGAAACUCAAGGCUGCCUGUAUCUACGGUGGUACCAACAAGGAUGAACAACGUCGCAGCCUCAACGGAACCAAUAUUAUUGUUGCCACUCCGGGUCGCUUGAAGGAUUUCAUGUCUGAUGGCACUAUCGAUGUCUCAAAGACUCGUUAUCUAGUACUCGACGAGGCAGAUCGUAUGCUCGACAAAGGUUUCGAAGACGACAUUAAAUUCAUUGUUUCACACAUGCCAUCGGCCAAGAAGCGACAGACGGCCAUGUUCACCGCGACGUGGCCCAAGUCCAUCCGUGACUUGGCGUCCACCUUUAUGAGGCAGCCUGUCAAGGUUACCAUCGGUCGCAACGACACCGAUGACAGUGGCGAAUUGCGUGCCAACACCCGCAUUGUGCAGAAGGUCGAGGUGCUCGACGGCGCUAUGAAGCAGCAACGUCUGCUGCAGCUGCUCAAAGAGCACACCGCAGGCAAAAAGAGGACGGAUCGCAUCCUCGUCUUUUGCUUAUACAAGAAAGAAGCCGAUCGCAUUGAAAACUUUAUCCGCGGACGUGGAUUCAACGUUGCGGGGAUUCAUGGUGACAUGUCACAGUCGGCACGAAUUGCUAGCCUGGAGGGCUUCAAAUCUGGCAAAGUGAGUCUCCUCGUUGCAACAGAUGUGGCUGCUCGUGGGCUAGACAUUCCCGAAGUCAAACUGGUCAUCAAUGUUACGUUUCCUUUGACUGCGGAAGAUUAUGUACAUCGGAUCGGCCGAACCGGACGUGCGGGCAAGGAUGGGCUCGCGAUCACUCUGUUCACUGAACAAGAUAAACCACUUGCCGGCGGACUGAUUAACGUAUUGAAGGCAGCGAAACAAGAAGUGCCAGAAAGCCUGAUGAGAUUCGGGACGACGGUGAAGAAGAAGCAACAUGAUAGCUAUGGUGCAUUCUACCGUGAGAUCGAUGACGGCAAGACGGCGACCAAGAUUACGUUUGACGAUUAAUGGGGCUUGUUGAAUAUACCACUUGUAACGCUUG